UUGAAGACGUUAUUGGGAUCAUCUUGAAAGAUGCCAUACCUAGUCCACUUAAACAGCCUGAUAUACUAAAGAUGCCAUUGAAGGAUCAAGACUUUACUGAACCAAUGGCUACUAUCACAUCAAAUGUUUCUAAUAACCUUAAAGCUUUGACUGGCAAGACAGAUUUUCACAUCCUUGUUAGUGGUGGUGCUCCUGGCAUUGGUAAGACCCGGUUUGGCAGGGAGCUUUUCGAUUUCAUCCAAACAAGAUGGGUUUUGCCCACCCAAUGGACAACCAACAACUGCCAGCCACAUUUUGAAUACCUUUAUCUGGAUUUUGGGAAUAGUAUUAAACUUGAUGAAUAUGACUACCAACUAUCAACCACAGUAAUUAUUGGAUUACGGAUUGCUUAUGAGUUUUUUGUUGCAGGGAAAUAUGAAGUAGGGUUUCAACUUUUUCGGGAUCAGGCUUGGCCUUACAUUAAUAUAUUCAAGGUUGAAAAUGUUUUUGUAAGCCUUCGAAAAAAACUCUCACUACAAAACACUCAACAACUCUUUGUAUUUCUCCAUGUUGAUGAAUUCCAGCUAAUUUAUAAGUGGGAUGAAGACAGAACAAACCCAACAAAAAAUCUCUUUAAGAAUAUGAUUAAUGACCUUGCAACAUUCAUGUUUGGCCCACCAAAAUAUACUUUUGUCCAAACAUUCCUUUCAGGAACUGCCCCCCAAGCUAUCAUCAGAACCAAAGAGGCAUCAAAGGUUUCAUUCAGAUUUGUAAAGUGUCCAAUGCUAUUGAUCAUGUCUAUGAUUCAGAUUGUUGAUUAUUAUGCUGAAAAAUUUGGUGCAGAAACUUUUGAUGAAGGUGAUUACAAAUGGAAGCUUUGUUACCAGUUCCUUCAGCUUAUUGAGGACACUGGAGGAUUACCUCGUGCACUUCAACACCUUCUUGAUGUUUGUUUUCAUAGUUAUAACAAUUGUGAAGAAACAUUCUUUCAUACUAUUCAUGAUCAACUUUAUGACAAAAUCUUUCAAACCACUAUUGAGAGACUCAAUUCUCUUUACAACAUUCACACAGUUAUAAAAGACAAUAAGCAUCUUGCUCUGGAACUCAUAUAUCAUUGUAUUGAAGAAAUUCCUGUUAGCACAAAUGAAUGUCUAGAUCCAAAUGACCAUAUUCACACCAUUGAAAACUUAGAGAGUGAUUCACAUAUAAUUCUCAAACAUUAUGAUGAUACAUUUGACCAGUUCCUCAUUAAAAUGCCUUUUUUUUUUCUCUGCAUCUACAAUAACAUCUUACGCAUUGUACAAGGACCACUUGAAAAAACAUUUUACACUAAUAAUAUCAUGUAUUGGCAGGAGUGGGAGCAGUUUGUUGCACAUCAUGAGGUGUUUCGUACCAAUUUAUUCAUCAAACGUGAAAUACAAACACUGCAUCUGCAAGAACUAUACCAUGGUGCCUAUGGAAAAAACAGUACAUUGGAUAUUGUUGUGAAGUUAAAAGAACUCUCUGUCUACCAGGCCAAUGAGCAAUUCCCAUCAUUAAAGUUAACAAAAAAAACUGAUAACCAAAUGAUUGACUGGGAAGAAGGGAAUGUCUUGGUUAUCAAUGGUAAAUCAGCCCAGUUUGGGGAUUCAUUUGUUGUUAGAGAAGUUGUUGAUGGUUCCAAGCUCCUCAUAAUUGAGCAAGACAAGUGGGACUAUAACUCAGAAGAAUUUACAUUGUAUCAAGUUUUAGAGGAAUCCAUCAAGAACAUUGAAAAUAUUCUGAAGUUGAAAUCUCCAAAUGGUCUCCUACAAUAUGUUCCUAUCAUGAUCUUUUAUACUACACAACCAUAUUAUGGUGAUCCUUCAGAGUUACCAGACCAUUGCCUACUUAUUGCAAAAGAGAAUCUUGGGACAUACUUUGGCCCAGUGUUUUCAUCACAUGCCACAUUUUCUCUUACCAAGGACAUAAAUCCUAAUUUUUCAGAGCCAAAAAGGAUGACCUCUAUUAUUCCUGGUGUUGGUGAACAUACUGCACGGGAUAUUGUAUCAAAGCGACCAUAUCAUAAUGAAGAGGAAUUCUAUGCCAAGCAUCCACAACUUAAAAGACGAUGUACAAAGCUCAGCUUUUACCCAUUUGAUUUAAAUAUAAACUAG